AUGCCACCAAUGGGGUGCGUCGGCAGCAGGGGGAUGGAAGGCCCGGACCUCGAUAAUUCCGACUACGACAGCAGCACCAUCUCCCGAACCACGUCGCAGUCCUCCCGAGCCACCGCGCAGUCACCGAUCCUCCAGGCUCGGCGGUCGGGGCCAGCUCCGUCCAGAGGCUUGGGAGGAGCGAUGGGACAGAUGGCAGGAUCGCAACCAGUUAAGGACCUGCUAGACGUGUUCAUUGACGAGGUGGAGAGUUCGCACAAGCGAAAGUCCAAGAGCAAGACGCACAGACAUAAGGGGUCAGCGGGAGAAGCUGGAGCAGCGGGGGAGGUUGGGGCAGGGGGAGAGGCUGGGGCAGGGGGAGAGGCUGGGGCAGCGGAAGAAGCUGCAUCAACGGGGGAAGCUGGGGCAGAAGGAACGUCAGGGGCUGCAGGAGUAGGGGCAGCAGAUAUUGGGGCGUUGAGAGGAGAGGAAGUGAAGGGAGCAACAACAGGGACGUCCCAGCGCGAAGAAGAAGGGGGAGCAAGAGAAGGGCGGAUGGUAGGUGAAGUGGAGGAUGAGAUGGGACGGAGAGAGAAGGGCGGAGAUAUGAAGCCGGCUUGCGAGCUGGCAAGACAAGCGGACGCCACGUCAGAUGCCACGUCAGGUCUUCACCCGGAGAGCUCGAGCACAAACGGUCCGCCCCCCCCUGUCCACGGCGACCCAGCUACAGCCUGCUCAGCGGAUUCAAUGCAUCUAGACAAUCCCAAGGGCGGCUCGGGGACGGCUGACAAUCCCGAGGCUGGUUCAGGGGAGGCUGAAAAGUCCAGAGCUGCCCGACAGGACACAAGGGAAUCAGCAAGCUUAGGUUCGGAGUUUCCGGACCAGGAAGGGAGCUUAGGUGGUGUGGUUCGGGGCAGCCCUGGCGUGGCUGAAGCAGGGGGGGGUUUCGAAGGAGAAGAUGGGAAAACAAGUUCAGGAAGGGACGGACCUGUCGUCCGAACCUGGGAGGUAGACCCGGAGCGCCGAGCCAAGAGCUGGCGAAGGGACGUGGAGGCCGAGUUCUCAAGGAGUGAAAAGAAGAGAAGAGACCCGGAGACGCAGGUAACAGGGAGGCUGGUAGCACGUGAGGUACCAGCUGGUGUGGGCAAUGGGGGGAGAGAAGGGGGCGAGAGUGCAAGAGAUGAAGCUGUAAGCAGGGCAUCAACGGUUGUGAUUGACUCUGGCGCGGAAGCAGCUAAUGAGGGGUGCGUGCGUGAUGCUGCUGAUGCAGGCGGAGGGGAGGGUAGAAGUGAGAGCGGAGGGGAGGGUAGAAGUGAGAGUGGAGGGACGUACGUGAAUUCUGAGGCGCCUGUGAACUUGUCUGGUGGGGGGGAGGGUGGUGGCGGUACGUACCUGUUUGCAAUGAAGCUACGACGAGUGAGGAGCUCAGGGGACGUCACUAAAGGGGAUGUCUCUAAAACGGAUGCUGUUUCAAACGGGGAUGCUUCUACAGGGGAUGCUACUAACGCGGAUGUUGUCAGCAGCGGCGCUGCACCUGCUAGUGCUGGGGCGAAGGGCAGGCAGAGGAGGAAGGGGAGCCUGCUGGGUGUGAUGGAGCAUGGGAGCAUGGGGGAGGAUGAGGGAAGGGGUAAGGGAGUGGAGGAGGGAGGCAGCAAAGCGGGUGAGGAGGGGAGGAAUGAGGAGGCGUGGAACCAGGAAUGGGCGGCUAGACCCCUUGAGGGGGCUAGCACCAAAAGUGGUGGACCACUGAGGAGUCUGCAGAGAGACGAUGCUUUGAUGCCGAGAGGUGGGUCUGUGGUGCAGAGGAAGCGAGCACUGAGGGGUGAGGAGAUGGCAGAAGGAGGAGAUGAGAGGGAGAGGGGGCAGAGAGACCGAGGGCAGAGGGGCGGAAGCGAGAGUGCUUGUAAGACAGAAGAGAAUGGUGGUGGUGGGGGUGGUGAUGAUGGCGAUGUGAUUCUUCCUGGAAGCUUCUUGUGCUUCGUCAGGCGAGCCAACCAGCCGGGGUCUCCCAGGGGUUACAGUGGCCAGCCUGCCACAAGGUCCCCCUCCCUCCCCCCCUUAUCCCCCUCUGGUCUCUCCGCCACCCUACAACCAGCAUCCCCCAGGUCCCCCUCUCUCCCCCGCCCAUCGCCUUCAGGUCUCUCUCCCUCUCUCCCCCCAGCUUCCCCCAGAUCCCCCUCCUUCCGCCGCCCUCCAGCCUCUUCGCCCCAGGCCUCACCAGCCAAAGGGGGCGUGUCUGUAGUCCUGCCCACAGCCCCAGUCUCAACCUCCCCCAAGCCUACCUCCCCCAAGCCUACCUCCCCCAAGCCUACCUUCCCCAAGCCUUCCUCUCCCAAGCCUACCUCCCCCAAGCCUUCCUCUCCCAAACCUACCUCCCCCAAGCCUGCUUCCCCUGCUGCCCCUGUUUCACCUGCUCCCCCUGCUGCCCCUGUUUCACCUGCUCCCCCUGCUGCCCCUGUUUCACCUGCUCCCCCUGCUGCCCCUGUUUCACCUGCUGCCAAUGCUGGUUCUGAGCAGCAAGAGCUAGACGAGGACGCCCUUCUCCUGUCCUUUGAAGCACCUCAAAACGCACCUGCUGCCUCUGCUGCCUCUGUUGCCCCUGCUGCACCCACAGCUGGUUCUCAGCAGCAAGAAGCAGACGAGGAUUUCCUUCUCCUCUCUCGGCUUGGAUCCCCUCGCAUCGUGCUGCCCAAUCGCAUACAGUCACACUCGUUUAAGUGCAUAAGCAGCACAGGCGCUCAGCACAACAAAGCCACCAUUCAGAUGGCCAGAUCGCACAGCAAUCCUGACCCUCCAUCUGCAUCUCUGGCCGAUCCAACGGCUGACGUCACCCGUCCUCCCCACUUCCCCACCCUUCCCCAUCUUUUCACCCCUCCUCGCCUCGCCACUCCCCCUCGCCCACGCUCCCGGGGGGGCUACAGUAAACUGCAGGUAGAUCUAGCAAUCGUCACGACUGUAUCGGAUUUUAUCGGAUUUGAUUUGUUUGGGGGUGGCGAGGAGGAGGGGGAAGGUGCGUCCGGGGAAGGUGAGUCUGGGGCAGGUGGGAUGGAUCCGUGGGGUAUGGUUGCUGCAGUGGGUGGGUCGCUCUGGCCUAUGAGUGACUGUAUGGAGGGGGAAGAGGCGGCACAGAUUGGGAAGGUGCAAAUGAAUGCAGCAGAUGUUCUUGUGGUUGAUUCUGCAGAGAGUGACUGUAUGGAGGGAGAAGAGGGGACACAGGAGGUGCUAGAUGAUGCAGCAGAUGUGCAAAAGAUGAGUGGGGAGGAUGUGACUAAAAAGGAUGUGAACGGGGAGAAUGUGAUUGGAGAGAAUGUGACUGUAACGGCAGCUGAAGGGGUGAAGGAAAGCAGAGGACAGGCAGAUGGGACUGCAGAGGAUGUGAGUGCUGCUGAGGAUUUGUUUGGUGGCGAUGUGACUAUAAAGGGGGUGGGCAGCGAGAAGGUGCAUAUAAGGGAGGUGAUUGUAGCAGCCUCGGCAUUGUGGAGGGACGUGAUUGACCACCGGGAGGAUGUGGGGAUGGCCAUAGAGGGGGCUCUGGUGGAUAGGGUUACCACACGGAGUGAGGUGACUGUAACGGAUGUGACUGUAGGUGAGGUUGGGUUUGGGAGAGUGGAGGGAGCGGAGGGAGAGGAAGGGGACAUGGCCGCUGAUGUGGCUGCUGAUGUGGAUGCAGACGAUGAGGUGCCGAGCUGGCAGGAGGUGUGCAAGCAGGGGGAGGUGAUUGUAACGAAGGCCAAGGUUCUUACGAGUCUCUUAGAAAGGCUUGAGU